AACAUGGUGUGACGUCGAAUAUGCGCGACUAGAAACGGCAUGCAUGGCUUCCACUUUGGGCUGAGCUCUCGUGUGAGAAAUUUGGGUAUAAAGUUCAUUAAGUGUUUAACCUUACCAACAUGGAUGUGACCGCGCCUAACGACGAGAGUUUUUCAAUUGAGGUUAUUCUCUCAGAGGGCGGAAAAACUGCGCCAUGUUGUCCGCAUGGUCCUACCUUGCUCUUUGAAAAAGUUAGAAAAGGGGGCGAGAAAGGCAGAAAGUUUUAUGCCUGCUCCGCCUGCAGAGACAGAAAAGACUGCAACUUUUUCCAGUGGGAGGAUGAAAAGGUGUCAGAGGCCAGGCUUUUGGCCAGAGAAGCAGAGAACCAGUCAAAGAGGCCUCCGUUUACCCACCAGGAGUACUGUAACCAGUUCAGAAAGUUUGCCUCCCUCCCAGUGGAGGAGAAGAAGUUUUGUCAGGAUUGUCAGAUUUUGCUCUUGCCAGGAGAGCAUGAAGCCCACGUCUCUCACAGAUCCAUGGCCGUUUCAGCAGCUCAGCUGAGGAGGCCCAGUGUGCUGUUGCAUCCUUUGGACAACAAGAAGAGCAAUGCCCAGUACCUGUUCACCGACCGCAGUGCCCACUUCCUGCUGGACACCCUGGUUGCUCUGGGAUACAGGAAGGUGCUGUGUGUGGGCACGCCCAGACUUCAGGAGCUGAUCAAGCUGCGAAACCUGGAACAGAAACAUGAGCCAAUGAAGAGUCUGCUGCUGGACAUUGACUUCAGAUACGCUCAGUUCUACAGCCAGGAUGAAUUCUGUCUCUACAACAUGUUCAACCAUCACUUUUUUGAUGGAGAGGCUUCCAGCGCAGUCCUUCAGGCCUUCCUCACUGAGUGCGACGGGCAGAAGGUGGUGAUGGUGGUUGACCCUCCGUUUGGUGGCCUAGUGAAGCCUCUGGCUAAUAGUUUCUCUCUAAUUUCACAGACAUGGGGGAAGCUGCAAAGCUCAGACUGCAGCAAUGCUGACAUGCCCAUGAUAUGGAUCUUCCCAUAUUUCUUUGAGUCUCGCAUCCUGGAGUGUCUCCCCUCAUUCACCAUGCUGGACUACCAGGCAGUAGCUGCUGGCUCCACCAUUGAUGAUCCACCUUCCACAACAACAGGGCUGAGGUCAAGAAUGAAUGUGUCCUCUUCAUUUGAAGGUUCUGGCUCAGUUUCUCUGCAUUUGUGGGCUCACCAUCCCCUACAACACCUUGAAUCCCAUGCAGAGCUUGUGGACUAUGACAACCAUCCUCUGUAUAAACAUGGGAAGACAGGCAGAAAGCAGUCUCCUGUCAGACUCUUCACUAAUAUUUCAGCCAGAGACGUCGUCCUGCCCAAAGAGGAGGGAUACAGAUUUUGCUCUGUAUGCCAGAGAUUUGUCUUUUCCCUCAACAAGCACUGUGCUAAAUGCAACGUCUGCCCAUCUAAGGAUGGCCGAGAAUGGAAGCACUGCUCAACAUGUGAGAAAUGCGUGAAACCGUCAUGGAAACACUGCCAGUCCUGUGGCUGCUGUGCCCUCCCAGACCACCCAUGUGGUCAUGGUCAAGAAAAGGAGGGCUGCUUCAACUGUGGCAGCCUAGAGCACAAGCGCAAAGCCUGCCCUCUCAAAGACACACACAGGAUCAGCAGUCAUCGGUCCAAUGCCAAGAGUGGAGGCAAAAAUGUAUCCCGUCAUCCCCUCCUAAAGUCUAAAUCUAAGAGGAAGUCUGGCGCAGCUCGCAGAACAAAGAAGAUGGCUGCUCUGUCGAAAUGACCUCAGCAUUUAUGCAAUGGCUGUGCAAUCCCAUGCAGUGAAUUAUUUUAUUUAAACUCAAGUGACCGUUCUUAACAGUCUUGACAGUUGCAGAAGAAUAAAAGUAACAAAAAGA